CCAGAGGGCCGGCCCUUGUCGCCCGCCCGCCCGCCCGCCCUCACCGCACCCCACCCGGUAGAGAGGCUAUUUAUCGGCCGCGAAGUUAAACUUCGCGAUUCAGCCCGGCUCAAACAAGUUGCACUAGUUUCUUAUUUUAUUUAACGCACGCACGCAAAAUUGUCACCGUGUUUGACACCCCUAUCCCCACCAACGCGCCGUCACUGUAUUGGGGAAUUAGCGACGAGCGCGCGUGUUUAAACAACAACUCCGCCAUGUCUACGGCGCUCCUGUCGCCCUCGUACAUGGACGUCGGGGACAUAUUCUACAAGGAGAACGACAACAAGGGCUUGAACUUAAACGCGCUCGACAGGAGAGCGGUGGGCACACCGACGACGGCCACGCUCCCACGCCGCCAUUCCUCCAACAACAUGCUCGCCCUCGCAAACUCGGCGCACGCGUCUCUCUGCGCCAACAACAUCGGCGGCGUCGGUGUCGGAGGCAACGGAGGAGGAGGAGGCGGCAACAACAACAAGUUCUCCAUGUCCGCGCUCAAAGACAGCACGGCGCUCAUGAACAGAGAGAAUCGCUUCCGAGACCGCUCUCUGAGCGAGGGCGGCGACCACUCUGCCAUGAUCUUGGCUCCCAGCGGCAAGCAGCAGCACCAGCAGCAGCAGCAGACGGCUCAGACAGGCGGCGGCGUGGGCAUGGUCAACUCGAGUCGCUACAAAACCGAGUUGUGCCGGCCCUUCGAAGAGAACGGCGUCUGCAAGUACGGCGACAAAUGCCAAUUCGCGCACGGCGGCCACGAGCUGCGCAGUCUGGUACGGCACCCCAAGUACAAGACCGAAUUGUGCCGCACUUUCCACACCAUCGGCUUCUGUCCCUACGGGCCACGUUGCCACUUCAUCCACAACGCCGACGAGCAGCGCUCGCCCACCGCUCAGCAGCCGCCGCUGUCCCCGUCGCUGGCAGGGAGCGGCCCCCAUCAGCAGCGCACCAGGGGGCCUCGUCCACGACUCAACCACAGCGUGAGUUUCGCCGGCUUCCCCAGCGCCGCGAUGGCACGACGCCUCGACUCGCCGCCGCCGAUGGGGGGGGGCCCUCUCGACAACUCGCUGUCGCUCACGCCUCCGCCCAUGUCCACGGCCGGCUUCUUCGGAGACGACUACAUGAUGUUGUCGUCGCCAAUGUGCACCAACAACACGCCGUUCUCAUUCAGCCAGGAGCUGUUCUUCAGUGCGGCCAUGUCCGGCGCGGGCACGGGGCUGCCUCUCCACACUGGUGGUGGUGGCGGUGGUGGCGCAAAUAUUGGCCUCGGUUGUGGUGGUGGCGGUGGUGGUGGUGGCGGCUUGGGGCCCCUGGGCACGCCCGGAGCUGCUCGUGGCCUGUCGGGGUCGCCUGUGUUUGAGGCGUCCCUCGACUCGCUGUCCGACCCGGGGGAUGGCUACUCCAGUUCGGGGGCCUCGAGUGGCUCCGAGUCGCCCCUGCUUGAUCCCAACCGCAGGCUGCCCAUCUUCAGCCGCCUGUCCAUCUCCGAUGAGUGAAGCGAGCGGUGUUGUCCGGGGGGGGGGGGGUGCUAAUAGCCCCCCACCCCCCCCCCCCCACACUGCAACCACAUCGCUGCCUUGUGUUCGUCUCUGCCCCCUUCAUACCCCCCAAACCACUACUACCAAGGCUCCCUUUGUGAUAAGACCCGGGCCAAAAGCCGACGAGGCACAUUCUCUGGGUGACGGGGGAUACCAUUCGACGCAUUCGUUUUAAAAGGAUGGGUUUUGUUGAUCCCGAGUAAAAUGGUUAGUCCAGGGCGAAGUGUGUAAGGAGUUUUAUAAGCGAGAUUGCCUUAUAGCGCGCACAUCGUGGCCUCGUGACAAACACGCAACUUUUUAUUAGUACGUAUUUGUCCCUCAAUAAUUACUUGCAUUAAAGGUUAAACAGCAUUAAACUGCCUAUAACGUAUAUACUGUAUGUAUACAUUUUAGCGUAUGGGCGAGGCCACGAUCCUAUCACCGUAUGUGCCUAAAACAGGAGUCGGAGUCGGUGUAAUUGGUGUCGGGGAUAUAAGACUUAACAUUGCAUGCAGUUGCUAGAUCACUGUUUCUUUAUAGCAAUAAUGACGAUAGACGAGCAGUUAAUUUUUUUGUACAAGUUGAGUACCACGUGAGCCCUGUGUGUUGCCCACGUGGUGGUGGUGGUUGCAAGUUGUUUUUGCCCGUGCCCCCCCCCACCACCAAAGUUUGCCUCCAUCGGCCAAUUUAAUAUUUAACCGGUCACGACCCCGAGCUGAGAAAGGUGGUGGUGGUGGGGUGAGUGCCAUAACAUUUCGCCCGAUGCAGUUAAUAUAGAUACUGUUUGCAGCGGCAACAGCCAAAGGCGAUCUCGCUGCGUGGGCAAAUCUUGCUCGCAAGUUGUUGUUUUUUCCAACUUUCGAGGCCGAUGUUUUUUCGAAAAUCGGGUGGGUGGUGGGUUGGGUGGCGCUGGUGGCGCCCUCUGCAGAACAAAGUGGCCUCACGUCGCAGCCGUGGUGGGUUCACGAAUACUACGUUGAUUGUACACACGAAAAUGUUGUGAAUCUAACGUUGUUUCUCUUUCUCACACACACACACACAAACUUUUUCUUUGCUGACGGGAAAAAAAAAUAUGCACUCGCUUUAUUGAGUCGUUCUUCCAACCGAUAUGCUGAGCAUUGAUUUAUUUGUUUUUAACGUUUAGAGUUAAUGAACCUUUUUCGCUUGUCAGCGUAAAUGAGAAGUUGUGGAGAUCCCUAUUUAACUUAUUUAUUAUACAAAACGUAUCUCUGUUGGUAUAAAUUUUCUAUUUAUCAGGUAUGAUGACGCGACAGAUGUAUAUUCUUUUAUGUUAAAUUAUACUCGCCAGCCUAAAUCGAUUCUUUUCCCGCAAUUUAGUUGCGGGGUGUUUAAUGCCCUGCGCACAGGUAAUAUAUAUUAAAAUAACGCUGAGUUUUGUGCUUUUUGUAACGUUCACCUGGUUAUUUUAUUGUGAAUGAAAAGUUAAUUUAAAAGUAAUAUUUAUUUUUCGUUCAUUUUGUUUACGAUAAUCGAACAAGAUUGCAUGGUUAGCUCUCUUUUUUUGCCUUUGGUGAUAGUCGGUGGUGUGUGUGGAUUUACCCCCCCCCCCCUUGUAAUGACAACCAUGCCAAAUGAACAAAUACUGUGCGGGUCCGACCCUGCCGGGGUCGACCGUACCCACCGCGCAGGGGAUGGAUACCUCCAGCCCCCCCCACACCCCCCUCCAGCGAGCCCCCCCAUCCCCCCCCCAUCCCCCUCCAGCGUGCCCCCCCAUCCCCCUCCAGCCCCCCCAUACCCCCAUGCUUCCGUCACUUUUGGUACAUUCCAGAGCGUUGCCUUACAUAAUAUAAAAUACCAAUAGUUACGAAUACGUUUUAUACGGUCGUUGAAAUAAUUGUAUCAUUUUCAAGCCUAACAAAAACUAUGCAAGGCAUGUUUAGUUCUUGUAUAAUUUUGGAGGAGGGGGGGUGAGAGUUGUGAUUGCGCUGUUCACUACAGUUUGAUAUAGCCACCAUGUUGUAUCUUGUAAUAAACGUAAAACAAAAAUUAA